AUGCAGUUCACCGUUCCUCGAUGCCACUUCUGCCACGGAAAGGCCGACGGCGUCUACGCCGACGCUACCGCUGACCCUCCAUGCAGCGCUUACUUGGUGUGCCGGCGGCAGCAGCUGGCCUCCAUGAACACCUGCCCCGACGGCACCUACUUCAACCUUGAAACCGCUUCCUGCGGCUCGCUCGAGCGUUCAUCCUGCGCCGUUUCCGUCGCGUCCGCCGCCGCCGCUUCCGGUGGAGUCGCUGGGUUUGUUGGCGUUGCACGCGGGGCUGGCGGGCUUGUGGUCGGUACAGAGGAGGAGGUGGAGUUGGAGAGCGUCGGUGACCGUCGGAAGCUGCAGGGAUGGGGUGCCAGGGCUGUUGUCGCGAAGCCACCCCCCAAAGCACCUGCGCCGAUUCCGACCAACUGGGUAGAAGUUAACGCCCUCCUUGCUCUCAAGAACAGCAACAUCGACGCGUAUUACAAACUGAAGAGCUGGAUCGUCCCUACUGCUCCGGCACAGCGCCGUAACAAUUUCAUCUGCGGAAAGUGGUGGGGAGUCAAGUGCAACAAGGGUUCCGUUACCGAGCUAAAUCUUGCGGGGUCCGGCCUGGCGGGAGUUCCCAGUGUCGCCAUGAACAGUAUUCCACCGGAAAUCGGCAACCUGACUUCGCUUAUCCUUCUCGACAUCUCCGGAACACAGAACCGCCUGACGUCUCUUAUCGGGGAGAUUCCUAAGGAGAUCAGCAAGCUGGCGAAACUGCAGACGCUUACGCUUAGUUACAACCGGUUGGUGGGAUCCAUUCCCGAGGGCAUCUCCGCUCUUACCGACCUCACCUCACUGGAUCUUACCCAGAAUUACAUAACGGGCAGUAUCCCCAGCGGUCUCGGUAACUUGAAAAACCUCGCCACGGUGAAUUUGGGUCUGAACGGGCUGAGCGGACGGAUCCCGGAGUCUUUGGGGCAGAUGAAGAGCCUUGAGACGCUCAGUCUUCGUGUGAACUCGCUCACGGGGGGGAUUCCGGAUUCGUUGGCCAACUGCAAGAAGCUUUUAUCUUUGGAGGUUAACUACAAUCAGCUUUCGGGGCCGCUGCCCGUGUGGUUGAAGGACAUCGCAUCGUACAUCGACCUUGGUUUCAACAAUUUCUCGGGUGUCUUUCCUCCCGCAUGGAAGGAUUUUAAGGGGUACUAUUUCGGGCUUCACGAGGCGGGCAAGUUCGGGCAGCUGCCCGUGAGCAUCGUGCAGGCGAUGUGCACGAAUGUCACUUCCAUGGAUUUUUCAAAUAUCUUCACCGGCGGUAAAUUGGACGACUGGGAUCUCUCGAACUGCGCGGCUCUUUCCAUGCUUUAUCUCGAGAGGAACAAUCUUGUCGGCGACGUUGGGAAGUUCCUGGGAACUGUUCCUGCCUCCUCGUACAUCCAGAACAUCGUUCUCUCCCAGAACCAGCUCACCGGCGAAAUCCCACCACAGAUCUUCCUGAUUCCGACGCUGGUGCAGUUCGACGCGGACAGCAACCAGCUCACGGGCACCCUGCCGUUGAUGCAGUGCACCGGGACACUCGCCAACAUGCUUCCGACGGCCCUCAACGUGUCAACGAAUCGCAUGUCCGGCGUGCUUCCGGAGCGAUUCCUGGAGAACUGCAACAUGAGCCAAAUCGAUCUCAGCCACAACCGAUUUUCCGGACCUGUUCCCCCUGGGAUUGCUCAGAGCCAGUCAUUGGCUGUUCUGGAUCUGACAAACAAUUCCUUCACAGGGGAUGUUCCCGUGCCUACCAGCUGCCUCGGCGACGGUAACUUCCUCCUCCACUCGCUGCGCCUCGGGCUCAACCAGUUCACUGGCAAGCUGCCGAACCUGCUCGGGAACUGCUCGGGAUUGGAGGAUCUGGACCUCUCGGGUCUCGAAAUCACCGGCGAUCUUAACGAAGGGUUCACGAACAUGGGAGGCGGUUACAGCGUGAUUCAAGUGAACCUUUCCAGCACGUCCCUCUCCGGCAAUCUCCCAGAAGCGAUAAACAAUUUCGUCUACAUCUCCGCCCUCGAUCUAUCCAACUCCCGCUUUCAAGGACCGGUCCCGUCCACCCUCGGCGAUCUCGUCAACCUGCGAAAGCUCGACCUGUCUGGUAACCAGCUGUACGGCCAGUUACCUCCUCAGAUCGGUAACCUCACGGCGGCCACUUCCAUUGAUAUGGAGGGUAACCAGCUUUCGGGAACCAUUCCGCCAGAGAUCGCUCCGCAGCCGUCCUCGCGCCAUCUGGCGUUCCUCACUUCCCUGGACUUAUCAAACAAUGAUUUCACGGGGCCUAUCCCGUACGGAUUCGCCAACGCGUCAUCGUCGUUCUACCUGGACGUCUCUCAGAACGAACUGUCCGGCGCGAUCCCCGGCGGCAGCUCCGGCUACUUCGCAUCCGCGGAUCCCGCGACGAUCAGCGGGAACCAGGGUCUGUGCGGAAUGCCCGGGUACCCGGACUGCCCGACCCCGAGCAGCCUAUCCGCGGGCGCGAUUGCGGGGAUUGUGGUGGGAGCAGUAGUCGGGCUCGUGCUGAUCGCGGUGGCUGCGUGGUGGUUCUCGCGGCGCAACGACCCGUGGUCGGGCGGCACGAUGCUGGUGUUUGAGAAGCUGGACUUCAAGCUCACGGUGGGGCACAUCCUGGAGGCAACGGAGUUCUUCAGCGACAAGUACAAGCUCGGCCGAGGAGGCUUCGGUACCGUGUACAAGGCGUCCCUUCAGGACGGUCGGUCGGUGGCUAUCAAGAGGCUGGCAGCGCAGAGCACGCAGGGAAACCGCGAGUUCCAAGCAGAAAUGGAGACCCUUGGCAACAUCCGCCACCGCAACCUGGUCGUCCUCGUUGCCGCCUACAUCGCCCCUGGCCAGUCCACGGAGCGUCUGCUCAUCUACGACUUCCUUUCGGGCGGCAGUGUGGAUACGAUCUUCAUGAAGGAGCUUCCGAAAGAUUCUCCCUUCUGCAAGUGGUCUGUGAGGAGGAAUGUGGCGCUGGAUACGGCGCGUGGAAUGAAGUACCUGCACCACGACUGCACGCCCAGGAUUAUUCACCGUGAUAUGAAGCCCGGGAAUGUGCUGCUCGAUGACCAGAUGGUUGCUCAUGUUGCUGAUUUCGGGCUUGCCAGGGAGAUUGAUGUGAAACAGUCGCAUAUGUCGACUAAGGUGUUUGGAACCAUCGGGUAUCUUGCGCCCGAGUAUACCCGCCAGGGCCGGCUUUCCUUCAAGAGUGAUGUGUUCGCGUAUGGAGUCAUGCUGCUGCAGCUGAUCACCGGCAAGCAGCCAACGGAUGAGGACGUGGCGGAACGUGGGCUUGCCAGGUGGGCGGAGGCGAACGGCGCGGCGGCGAUUGUGGACCCUCGGAUGGAGCUGGAGCCUGGGGAGAUUGACCAGAUUCUGGGCGCGGUGAAGCUGGGGCUGCUGUGCACAGCGCGUGUGGCGUCGGACCGGCCCAGCAUGCCUGAGAUUGUGCAUCUGCUGGAGAAUCUGGAGGACUUUGCCAAGGGCGUGGGGACCAUGGGCAAGGGGGAGAAGGAAUGA